AUGUCAGACGUGGAAAUGGAUGAAAGUAAUGCUGCAUCAGAUCGAGAAGAUGCAAUGGAAGAGGAUUCUGUUGUUAGCAAUGAAGCCGAUGGAGGGGAAGAAGAGGCUGAAGGUGACGGGGCCAUAGCGGACGACGCUGGUGCCACUGCAGAUAGUUCUCGUUCAAAGAGGAGAAGCCGUAGUAAAAGAAACAAGAAUAGACGGAAUAAAAAGCAAGAAACAACUCCUGAUCCAAAUGCCUCUGCAGCACAGCUCUGCGAGCUUUUCGGGAUGAACGACGUUGAUCUCAACUUCACUGAAGACGAUUAUAACACCAUUACAAAUGCAAAAACAUUUUCUGCACGUGUUCGGCCACUUAUUCAAGCAGCAAACCCUAAAGUUCUUUCCGUCAAAAUACAACAGCUGUUAUCUGCCAAGUACAGGGAAUAUCAGGAACAAAUGGCUGCGCAAGGGCGACUAAUAGGGUCUCAGGCAGCGAAGAAGCAAAGGACAUCUAAUACCGGUGAGAAGGUUGUAGCCCCGAUCAAAAUUAGAAUAAGCGCGCGAAAGAAAAAACGGAAUGACGAUGACGAUGAUGACAACCCGGAUAGUGAUCAAGAAUUUGAGCAUCUCCUUAAGGAGCACGAGAAGCAACUUGAUGAGGAAGAAAGGGAGAAGGAAGAGAGAAAGGCUCGACGUUCCGCUUCAAAGAAAAACGCCAAAAGGAAGAAGAAGGGCGAAGAAGGAUACGAGAGUGAGCAUCAAGAUUAUUGUGAGUCCUGCCAACAACCAGGUGAACUUCUUCUGUGCGACACAUGUCCUAAAGCAUAUCAUACUUCUUGCUUGGAUCCUGAGUUAGAAGAGCCUCCUGAAGGACAUUGGUCCUGUCCUAGUUGUGAAGCUAGCGGAGUGCAAUAUGAAGAAAAAGAGGAGGAAAAGAAACCUACGAAUAAGGAGGAGUGUCGAGUUUGCAAGCUUCCGGAAAAUCUAUUGUACUGCUCGACAUGUCCUUGUUCAUAUCACAACUGGUGUCUUCCGGCACCACUUGAAGAGCACCCAGGGGACGACUGGAGUUGUCCUCGAUGUCUUUGUGCAGAGCCUAAAAAUCGCCCAGAAAAAGUUUUGUCGUGGCGCUUUGUUGAUAUCAAAAUGCCUGAGCCAAUGACAGAGGAGGAAGCGAAGGAGUUCCAAGCUAAGGAAGGUCGGAAGUGUGCUAUGAGACCGCUCCAAAAACUUUCCAACCGGAGAGAACGAGAAUUGUUUGUGAAAUGGAAAUACAUGAGUUACUGGCACUGUGAAUGGGUUAAUGAGAUGGUGUUAGAUGUCCAUUUUCCUCAAUACUUGCGUAUGUAUUGGCGCAAAAUGGAUCCUGAAACCCCUCCAGAAGUGGAUGAUGGUAGUCAGGAAGAUUUGAUGACUGGCAAGAUCGAAGGCAAAGAAAGGGAAAAUGAUCCUCACAACUUGGAGGAAAGAUUUUACCGAUAUGGUGUUAAACCGGAAUGGAUGCAGGUGCAUCGGAUCAUUAACCACGUGCAGUAUCACAAAAACCAGUAUGACUACUUGGUGAAGUGGCGUGAGUUAGUUUACGAGCAGGCCACUUGGGAAAGGGAUGAUUUUGAAAUUAUUGGUUAUGAAGACGCUAUCAUAAAGUAUUGGCAGCACCGGGAACGGAUGAACGGUGACCCAAUCCCAAAACAUAUUGCCAAAAAAAUUCAACGACGGCUGGAAGAAAACGGAGGUGAGAAAAAGGAGGAGGAUAAGAAGAAGAAGGAAGUUAAAGUUGAUUUACGUAAAAAGUAUGAUACGCAACCUGACUUUAUUACCGAAACGGGUGGAAAGUUGCAUGAAUAUCAGCUAGAGGGUAUUAACUGGUUGCGCCAUUGUUGGUCACAAGGCAUUGAUGCGAUUUUGGCUGAUGAAAUGGGUUUGGGGAAAACUAUACAAUCUAUGUGUUUUCUCUACUCAUUGGUUAAGGAGGGUCACACUAAAGGCCCUUUUUUGGUACGUUUUUGCACAGUAGUGUUGGAGCAUGAGUUUUCGUUUGUCGAGGGAGCUGUGAAAGGUGGGCCAAAAGCAACUAGGAUGCGAACUGACCAAGGAAUUAAAUUCCAUGUUUUGCUAACGUCAUAUGAAUUAAUUAAUAUUGAUAAGACAAUUUUGUCAUCAAUUGAAUGGGCUGGUUUGGUUGUUGACGAGGCUCAUAGGCUUAAAAACAAUCAGUCGUUGUUUUUCCGUACAUUACGUGAUUUUAAAAUAGGUUAUCGAUUGCUGUUAACUGGAACACCGUUGCAAAAUAAUUUGGAGGAGCUUUUCCAUCUACUUAACUUCUUGUCUCCUGACAGAUUUUAUGAUUUGGAAUCGUUUACCCGUGAAUUUGCUGAGAUUUCAAAAGAAGAUCAGAUUCAAAAAUUACACUCCUUACUUGGGCCUCACAUGUUACGCAGGCUGAAAGCUGAUGUUCUGUCAGGCAUGCCGUCUAAGAGUGAACUUAUUGUUCGUGUUGAACUCUCGCCCAUGCAAAAGCGAUACUACAAAAACAUUUUGACGCGUAAUUUUGAAGCGUUGAAUCCAAAGGGUGGUGGAACUCAGGUUUCGCUUUUGAACAUUAUUAUGGAUCUAAAAAAAUGCUGUAACCACCCAUACUUGUUUCCAAAAGCUAGCAUAGAAGCUCCGAAAUUGAAGAACGGUAUGUAUGAGGGAGCUGCGCUUGUGAAAGCAUCGGGAAAAUUUGUUCUACUACAAAAAAUGUUAAGGAAGCUUAAGCAACAAAAUCAUCGUGUGUUAAUCUUUUCCCAGAUGACAAAAAUGUUGGACGUUUUGGAGGAUUUCUGUGAGAAUGAAGGUUACAAGUAUGAACGGAUUGACGGGUCUAUUACUGGUCAGGCUAGACAAGAUGCUAUCGAUCGUUUCAAUGCACCAAAUGCUCAGCAAUUUAUUUUCCUGUUGUCAACUCGAGCCGGGGGUUUGGGUAUCAAUUUAGCUACGGCUGAUACAGUUAUUAUUUAUGAUUCUGAUUGGAACCCUCAUAACGAUAUUCAGGCCUUCAGUAGAGCUCAUCGUAUUGGACAACAAAAUAAAGUGUUGAUAUAUCGCUUUGUGACUCGAGGUCCGUCAAUGAGCAAAAGCGAAUUGGACGAUGUGCUUCGAUGGGGAACUGAAGAACUUUUCAAGGAGGAUGACGUGCCUGCCGAUGGUGAAGGAGGCGAGAAGAAAGCUGCUGAGCAAGAGAUUAUAUGGGAUGAUGAAGCAGUUGACGCUUUGUUGGAUCGAGGUUCUGGUGACGAACCUACUGGAGAUGGGGAUAAGAAGGAACACUGGACUAACGAGUAUCUUUCUUCAUUCAAAGUGGCUCAGUAUACAACACGUGAGGCCGAUGAAGAAGAACAGGAAGAUGAAGACGACACAGAAGUUAUCAAGGAGUCUGCACAGGAAGCUGAUCCAGACUACUGGGAAAAGCUUUUGCGGCAUCACUACGAACAGGAACAGGAAACACAGGCUCAAAAACUUGGAAAAGGGAAACGAGUUCGCAAACAGGUCAAUUACGCCUCAGAAAAUAUGCAGCAGGAUUGGCAACAGAUGCAAUCAAACAACGACGACUUUUCUUCAUCGUAUAGUGGUGACAGUGGGAGAUCAGACGGAGAGGGAGAAGAUGAUGAAUUCGAUUCCACUGGCGACAGAAGGAGACGUCAUCGUGAGAGAGGGGAUGAGAAGUUACCCCCAUUGCUUGCUAGAGUUAGUGGACAGCUGGAGGUACUUGGAUUUAACCCACGGCAAAGGAGAGCAUUUUAUAAUGCUGUGAUGCGGUGGGGAAUGCCACCACAAGAUGCUUAUCAGUCUCAGUGGCUUGUGAGAGAUCUCAAGGGAAAAUCUGAAAGAGCUUUUAAAGCAUAUACGUCACUAUUCAUGAGGCAUCUUUGUGAACCUGGGGCAGACUCACAGGAGUCUUUCAACGAUGGUGUGCCCAGGGAAGGUUUAAAUAGACAGCAUGUUUUGACGCGUAUUGGGAUUAUGUCCUUAAUCCGUAAAAAAGUGCAAGAAUUUGAAAUUUCUAAUGGAGAGUGGUCUAUGCCAGAAGUGAAAUUGCGUUUGGCACAACUUGACCUUGAGAGGGAAGGAUCCACCAGUAAGGCAGGUUCUAAAGCAUCAAGCCGCAGCGGGACACCAGGAGUGAAGGAGGGUACUCCUGGUGCAAAAGAGGCUAAGGAAGGCACUCCAUCUUUAGAGCACAGUGACUCUGGGAUUAAAGUAAGUGUUGCUUUUCCGCUGGCUACUAUGGCAGAGCAGAAAGAUGGAGACGGUACUAAAAUGGAAGUGGAUGAACAAACAAAAGUAGAGACGAAGGAGAAGUCUGAGCCAGAGAAGGAAAAGUUUCCGAGGCCUCCUUUCAAGUUCAAUAUUGCAGACGGUGGGUUUACAGAACUGCACAGCCUGUGGUUGAACGAAGAGAAAGCAGCAGUGCCGGGAAAGGAAUAUGAAAUAUGGCAUAGGAGGCACGAUUAUUGGUUGCUGUCUGGAAUAAUAAAUUAUGGUUACGGAAGGUAUCAGGACAUUCAGAACGACUCUAGAUAUGCUAUAAUUAAUGAGCCUUUUCGAGCAGAACAGGGAAAAGGAAAUUUCCUUGAAAUUAAAAACAAGUUCUUGCAGCGACGUUUUAAGCUUCUGGAGCAGGCUUUGGUUAUUGAGGAGCAGCUUAGACGAGCUGCUUAUUUGAAUUUGACGCAGUCCAAUGCCGAUGGGACCCAGCAGUUAACAGAGCGGUUUGCAGAUAUUGAAUGUCUUGCAGAAAGCCAUCAACAUCUUGCUAGAGAGGGUAUGCAGGGGAAUAAAAAUGCAAAUGCUGUGUUACAUAAGGUUCUUAACCAAUUAGAAGAAUUGCUUUCUGAUAUGAAAGCAGACGUUUCUCGUCUUCCAGCUACACUUGCACGCUUGCGCCCAGUUACUGAACGUUUGGGAAUGACUGAAAGAGCGAUUUUGAGUCGCUUAACCACUCGUGACCCGGAGGCUGCUUCUGGCAAGAGCCCGUUGCCUCCACCAGGCCCGUUUGUUACCCCAACGUUGGGUCAGCAACUGUCCGGCAUACAACCAAAAUUUGCUGCUCUUUCACGACAGUCUGUUGCUGAAUCUCGCGAGGAAUCAGCAAAAACGGCUGCCGAUAAUGAGGUCAAGAAGGAAGCCGGAGCUGAAAAAACUGAGGAGGUUAAAAAGGAGAAAGAGGAUGAGCAAAAAGAUGAGCCUAUGGAUUGUUCUAUGAAUUCAAGCACAUGUGCAAACACCGAAAACGGGGAACAGAAAAGAAGUUCUGACCAGACUUCAUUAACUGCAGUGCAGAACUCACAAGAAAGGGUUUUCAUGCUUUGUAAAUUAUAUUUGCUUCUUUCCUUAAUUGUUUAAUG